AUCCCAACCAGAAGUUGGUGCCGAAGGAGAAAGCACCCAUCUGUUCUGCCAACUACAUCGGCAAAGAGGAGGAGGGUGGAAGCCAGAACCACUCCUCAAUUGCAGCUCACACGCUUGCCCAUUGAGAAAGAAGAAGAGGAAGAUGUAACCCAAGUUACCCAACAGGAAUUAGCACAAGAGCAUUCAGGCUCAGAUUCCUCGCCAAUUCGUGAGCCGCAGCCUCCACUUGUACCAAUUUGGACAAGUUCUGCUGGUAAAGUUUACUAUGGCCUAACUAGUGAUCGACUGGCUUUAAACAGCUACUAUGAGGCUUAUCAGAAGUACAGUGAAAAACAAGCUCGGCAAGAACAAUUACCUACCCUUAGGUCGAGUUUGACUGUCUCUAGCAUCACCGAAUCUUAUGGUCCAAAGCAGAAGGAAAUACUUUUAAAUGCAUCAAAAUCUAUCUUAAGCCUUUCGGCAUACAUUGAUGAUAAGGAGAUAAAUCGGUGCACUGGCAUAGCUGUCGAGUGGGAUGACGAAAAAGGAUGUGGUAUUGUUCUCACUUCUGCCUGCUUAAUUACAUCGAAAAAACCCUUCAAUGAUUGGUCCGACAAGGAAUAUGCUUCUAAUGCCAAGGUCGUUAUUCACCUAUUUGAUGGCUCAACCUUAACCAGUAAAUUACUAUACUUAAGCAAGCAUUAUGAUCUUGCCUUUUAUGAAGUUUCUGGAUACAUGAACUUGAAGAUUUUACCCCUGGAAACCAAUUUGGAGUAUGGUCUAGACUUGUGUCUGCUAGCCAGGGAUAUGAAAAUGAAUUUGAUUUGCAAGGCAGUUAAUGUGAAGUACGUAGCCCCUUGUGAACACCAACAUAAUCACUAUUUAUUCAUCGAUCAUUCUAUUCCUAAGUGUGGCAGUGGAGGUGCAUUGGCAGACUUAAAUGGAAGAGUUGUGGGGAUGUUAUUUUGCAUGCUACCACUAACUUCUUUUAUUCCAAGUUCUCUCAUUCUCAAGUUCAGGCGACUUGCUCGACCUCAGCUUGGAUUAAAGCUAAGGGCAGUGGGUUUUCUAGAUGUGUCAAGUAUUGAGUUUCUGUCCCGCAGCUGUGGUGUCACCUCAGGUCUCAUUGUAGGAGAGUGGGAGGAGAUAUUGUUGGGUAUUGGUGGAGAGCAUCUUGAAAAGAGCAAUGACUUAAGCUUGAAAGCGGAUGUUGAGGUUGAGGUAUUUCAUGUGCGCAAAGGUAUCCGAAGAAUCAUACAUUUAACUGUAGAGUUGUCUGACGGUAAUGAAGUCUUCAGCUAAGUGUAGCAGCUUUGAUUGGGGAGCAAGCUACAAAAUACGAGUUGCUCUACAAUGCUGAUGCCAUCUCCCGCGUCUACACAGGAUCUAAUUCAGCACUGAUUGUUUAUAUACAUUUUUAUGCGUAAGCUAUAUGCAUAUAUGUUUGCAGUGGUUGAUGUACACUGUGAAUCACUUCUGUAUAUAUUCCUUCCUUUUAUACUGCAGUUGAUUUUUGCAUCCUGGACGGAUGUCUUAAGCUCCGCUGUACGAUCAUACGGCGGGGGAAUGAAUAGCCCUUCCUAGUAGCGUUAA